AUCGCAACGCGACCUUUGUAAAUGUUGCUAAAAAAUGUUACCUUAGCUACACUACUUUCACCCUUCCGCAACAUAAUAUUUUUCAUGUUAGCUUAGCCAAAAAGGGGAUGUUGCCUUUGUUAGAAAGUGUUUAAGGGUGCAACAUGGAGACAAAUAUGUUAGCUUAAGCUAUUAAAAUGUGAAAAUAAUAUUUUAACUUAAAAUUAAAGAAAAAAGUAAUUACUUGUAUUAAAAAUAAAAAUAGAAGUUAUGUAAUAAUAUAAACUAAAAAUAUAAAAAAUUAUAUAAAAUAUUAAAUAAUUUAAUAGGUGAAUGAUUUUAUUUUAAAUAAUAAAUAUAUGUUUAUUUAUUUAAAAAGUAAAAUAAAAUGUAAACAAAAAAAUAAAAUAUAAACUAAAUAUAUGUAUAUAUGUUUAUUUGAACAAGCGGGCGUGGUUCCCGGUGAAAUCAGACAAGCAGCGGGACUUUGUUUCACUAACACCCCGCCCCAUUUUUUCACUUCCUUUUCCACUCACACUCAGUCAUCUCUCAUUUUCCACACAGUCCUCUCUCGCUCUUCACCCCCACAUCUCGUCUCUCUCUCUCUCUUUUCACCCCCACAGUCGCCUCUCUCUCUUUUCACCGUGUCUCUCUCGUCGCUCUGGUCUCUCUGGUCUCUCAUCAGCACAUCUCUCUCAUCUCAGGUUUGGAUUUCAAGUUAGGGCAUGGUUUGAGGGCUCGAUGCUUUGAUACUCCUAACUAGGGGUUUCUCUCUUUAAAUCAGGGCUUCAUUUCUUUAUUUUCUUCCAUUUACAGGUCUUUCUUCUUUUAAACUACAUCUAAUCGUACUUUAUCUUUGAUUUCAGGUAUUUUCAGCGGAGGCUUUGCAUUUGGAAUUAGGGCUUCUUCGGUUGAUUUUAAGGAUUUCAUUUAAAGGAUUUAAAAUUAGGGUUUCAGUUUAAAGAUUUUGCUACAGCUGGACUUAAAAAAGCUGAAUCGAAGGACAAACAAAAAGAAAAGACGCGGGAUGGGAGUGAAGAUUAUGAUCCAGCACAGGAUGAUGGUAGCGAUGCUGCUGGAUCAGUGUCUCCACCAAAGGGAAAGAAGAAAGAAAGUAAAAAAAAGCUUGUCAUGGGACGUGGACCAACAACACGUUCUCGAGCCAAUGUUGGAAGCAAGACAACUGAGGAUGGAAGCGAUAAGGAACCGACGCAUCAUUCGGUACAACCAACAACAGUUGCAAAUCCAUUAAUUGAGAUACCCCAAGCAGAUGAUGGAAAUGGUUCAAUGACUGCUUUUUUGGCUCUCCGGAAACGCCAACAAGAGGAAGCUAAAAAGGAAAAAGAAGAAAAAGAAAAGCUCGAAAAAGAAAGAGUUGAAAAGAAAAAAGCUCUUGCAGAUGCAAGUAAAAAGGUUGUUCAAGAAUCUAUGCCUGAAAUAGAAGAGGGCGAUGAAGAAGUUGUAGUUCCAUACCGCCCAAGAGGAAAGACAAGAAUGGAUAAAGUUCAUACAAGAAGUUUUGAGCAGAGAAUUGUGAUUGGGAUGAAUGAGCUGGGCCAACCCAUAACAGAAAAUGACAAGGUACUCUCUGAGCUGAGUAGCUUUUUGGGAACACUGGCCAAGCGAUGUGUGCCACUGACUUAUGUAACUUGGCGCAAAGUUCCUAAAAAUUUGAAGGAAACUAUGUGGAAUUAUGUCAAGGCCCGCUAUAUUAUUCCCGAUGAACUGGAAAGUUGGGCAAUUGAGACAAUUCAUGCAUCCUGGAGGGGGUAUAAGUGUCGAACUAAGGCAGCGCAUUAUACAGCUUUUGAAACUGAUGAAAUUAGGCUACAAAAUAGGCCUGAUGAUAUUCCACUUGAGAGGUUCAAAUUGCUGUUGGAAUAUUGGAAUGAUGAAAGUAUUCAGGAUAAAGCCAGGAAAAAUUCAAAUAGCCGCAAGUCAUAUACCGAGACUCACACUCUUGGUCCUAAAAGUAUCGCACAGCUUCGACACAAAAUGAAAAAGAAUGCCCCAGAUGAGUCUGAACCAUGUGAUGCAGAGGUUUUUGUGAAAACUCGGACUCGUGAUGCAGGACGCGAGUACAAGACCAGUACUAAAACAAUGAAAAAGAAAAUUGAUAAAAUUAACAAAAAAAUCAAUUCCGGGGAGGCUGCUGAUGAAAUGCUUUUGGAUAAAGAGCAUGGCCCGACUUGGCUCUUAGGGAGAUGCAAGAAGCCGCAAAAACUAUCAGCUGCUGCUCCAACGGAUACAUAUGUCAAAGAAUUGACAACAAAAAUUAAGGAAGGCCUUGCUGCUGAAGUCGAGGAAAAAGUGAAGAAAAUCCAAGAAGAGGUAGAUGAGCAGGUAAACAGGAAGGUGCAACAAAAUUUGGCAUCGGUCCUUAAGAAACUUGGUGAAGCAAACCCGUUCACAAUUGAUGUUACAGAGCUGUGUGCACAUGUGGCCAGUGACAAUGACGAUGGCACACCAAUGACUAAAGGCACCAGCUUCUAGUUUGCUAAUAGUAUGGUUGUUUAGACUUUGGUUCUUUGAAGUUAUUUUGACUAGCUAAUAGUAUGGGGUUAUAUAUCUAGACUUUUUGUUAUUAAACUGUUAGUUUGCUGGUAGUUGGUCGAUUCUGGAUAUUAUGUUGGUUUAGCUGUGGAUUUGAUGUUGGAGUAAAUUGGAUUUGAUGUUGGUUUUUGUAUGUUUACAAUGGUUUGUUGAAAUGAUGGACAAAUUUUGGGAA